AUGAAGACCUCUCUGUCUCAGACUCUGUGUCCAGAGUGUGAUGAAGUCCUCUCUGUCUCAGACUCUGUGCGGCUGGUUGGAGGCUCUGGUCUCUGCUCUGGAUCACUGCAGAUCUGGGACCGGUCCUGGAUCUCGGUCUGUGAAGGUGCCUUGGACCUGCGGGGAGCAGAGGUGCUGUGCAGGGAGCUGGGCUGCAAUGCUCCUUCUGUCCUCCAGGGGGAGCUCUCUCCUCUGGGGCAGACGUUCCACUGUGAGGGCCAUGAGUCUGCUCUGGUGGACUGUCCCCGCUCCAGACCCAAGACCUGUCCCUCUGGACCCAGUGAGGACGUCAUCUGCUCAGAGCCGCUCAGGCUGGUGGGAGGGGCCAGUCGCUGCGCCGGGACAGUGGAGGUCAGCUUCAGAGGAGAGUGGAGACGAGUGAGGAAGAGAGAAGACUGGACCGAGGAGGACUCAGCUGCUGUGUGCAGAGACCUGGACUGUGGGUCUGCUGUUUCUGGACGUCACAGAGAUGGUUUUCCACACAGUCCUUUGUGGAUGAUCUCAGCUGACUGCAUGAAGAGGAGGACGACUAAACUGAGAGAAUGUGUUUAUGACUACACUUACUCCUCCUCCUGGUUUGGUGUGGAGGUGAUGUGUUCAGACUUACUGAACCGUCCAGUCCUGUCCCUCUCUGUGACUGUGGGGGCCUCCCAGGUCCAGGUCUCCCAGGUCCAGGUCUCCCAGGUCUCCCAGGUCCAGGUCUCCCAGGUCCAGGACUCCCAGGUCCAGGACUCCCAGGUCCAGGUCUCCCAGGUCGGGGUGCAGGUGGUGCGUGUGCAGUUGGGGUCUCAGUUCUCGGUCCAGUGCUCGGUGAAGCCUCAGUUCCCAGGAGGCUCCUUCCAGCUGCUCUCUCCCUCUGGGAACCACACCCUGCCUGCUGUCAAUCACUCUGCACACUUCCUGUUCAAUCACACUGGCCCCGCCCACAAAGGAGACUACACCUGUGUUUACCACCUACAGGUGUUCGGCCACAGCUUCACCUCCGAGAGCGAGAGACUGGAGCUGAGGCUGGGAGUUCAAAGGUUUAACCCGAUCAUCAGAGUCCUGAUUAUUCUACUGAUGACUCUCCUGUUCAUCUUGCCACUGUGCUACUACUGCUACAAGGUUAAGUCCAGAAGAGGCGCUAGUGAGACACAUGAGACCAUGAUCCUGAUGAAUGAGGUCAUCACAGAAGAGGAGAGAGGAGGAGACGGACCAGAAGAGGAGAGAGGAGGAGACGGACCAGGAGAGGAGAGAGGAGGAGAUGGACCAGGAGAGGAGAGAGGAGGAGACGGACCAGGAGAGGAGAGAGGAGGAGACGGACCAGAAGAGGAGAGAGGAGGAGACGGACCAGGAGAGGAGAGAGGAGGAGAUGGACCAGGAGAGGAGAGAGGAGGAGAUGGACCAGGAGAGGAGAGAGGAGGAGAGGGAGCAGGAGAAAUGAGUGAAGUGUAA